AAUUUUUUAAUAAUAAUAAUUUUUGUGAUGUUACAUUUAAAUUUGAUUGUAAUGCUGAAAUUAAAGCUUCAAGAAUGUUUUUAGCAAUGAAAUCCAAAUAUUUUAAAAGAAUGUUUAACGGAGAAUGGUUAGAAUCAAACUCUCCUAUUAUUAAAAUUAAUAAUGUAUCAUAUAAUUGUUUUCAUAAAAUUGUUGAAUUUCUUUAUACAGAUAAUCUUGAUGUAGAAUUGGAUUUUAAUCUUUUAAAAGAAAUAUAUAUUGAAUCAGAGAUGAGGGAAAUUGAAGAAUUAAAGAUGAUUGUAUCUAAAAGAAUAAUUAAGAUGAUCAAUGAUGAUAAUUGGGACGAAAUAUUAAUAUUAGGAUGGCAAACUCAAAAUCAUGAUCUUAAAGAUAUCGCUUUAGAAUAUAUAUAUAAUAAUUGGAAGAAAUUAGAAUCAGCUGAUAAAAUGAAUGAACUAUUAAAAUGUGGUGACGCAAGAUGGGUUAGAGAAAUUAUCAUGGCUAGUAUUUUUGGUAUAAAUAAUGGAUCGAGAUUAUAUAAUUUUCGUAAUUGAAUAUAUUAAAUAUGACACUGUGUAUAACUUUUUAGAUAUAUAGAUUUGUUUUUUUGUUAGUAAUUUUGUUAAAUAAAUCCUAAGAUCUCUCGUUGUCAUACAAUCACAUAAGUUCAUGAGAUUUAAUAUAAUUGUUAUUUUGGUUAGUUGUCACAAUGGUAUAAUAAUAAAUUAUUGGAUAAUAGCGGGAUUUUAUCAUGAACGUCCCGUUAAUAAUAUUAUUGGAUAAUUUAAUAAUCAUCCAAUAAUAUAUAAUUA